UCGAGUCUGUGUGUUGAGGGUUUCGCGCGUUGCGGCGUCGACGGCGGCCGAGAGGUCCCAUCCACGCGUUUGGGGUUCAUAGCCGAAUCCCCGAGCCUCCCUUCGUAUGACCUCGGAGGGCUUCGGGCCUACUUUCUCCCCGGCCGGCCAUCCUUGGCGCUUGAGCAGCGGGGGCGAUGCCAGAGUGGGAGGCCUCGACCCUCGCGGCCGCGCUGAAGCCGAGACCCGGAGCGAGGAGCCCACGAAGCGUGAGGAUGCGGCUGUGAACACGCGCCUGCCUUCCCGAGCGACGCCCCUUUCAGUAAGUAAUUUUGCAGUAAAGAGUGCCUGAACAAACCCAAAGGCUGUGCCCCUGAAGAAUACAAGAUGGACAAAAAGGCAUUUGAGAUGGUGCUUGAUGAAAUUAGGAAGGCUGUGCUGAUGGAGUACAAAUUAAAAGCAAUUGAUUAUGUACACGGAUACUUUUCUAGUGAACAGAUUGUUGAAUUACUGAGGUACUUCUCUUGGGCUGAACCACAAUUAAAAGCAAUGAAAGCAUUACAGCAUAAAAUGGUGGCUGUUUCUGCAGCAAAAGUGGUUAACAUCCUCAACUGUUUCACUUUUAGCAAAGACAAACUUAUAGCACUAGAGCUGUUGGCUUCCAAUAUUAUUGAUGCUCAGAAUUACCGCCUUAUUGAAGAUCUCUUCCGAACUAGCAUGUCUGAGAAGAAGAGAUGUAGAAGAAUUCUUGAACAGGCAUCCAAAGCAGGAUGCAAAGCACCUCAUGCUAUGAUAUCUUCCUGUGGUAUGAUUCCUGGGAACCCCUAUCCAAAGGGAAAGCCUAGCCGCAUAAAUGGGAUUUUUCCGGGGUCUCCAGUCAAGAAGGAGAAUGAAGAUAAUACUAACGAAGGCAAGGGAAUAGCAGCUCGUAUUCUUGGACCAUCCAAACCAGCUCCAGCGACCUACAAUCCACAUAAACCUGUUCCUUAUCCUAUCCCUCCUUGCCGACCACAUGCAACCAUUGCACCAAGUGCUUACAAUAAUGCGGGUCUUGUUCCACUAGCUAAUGUUGUUGCCCCUGGCUUGCCAGUUCCACCACCGUAUACCUCUAGCCAUGUAGGAACAGGUAAAGCAGAAAACGAAGAACUUUCAAAUCAGACAAAAUCUUCCCAAAGCCAAGCUUUUGCUACACAAUCGAACCAUCUCUUUACACCUCAUGGGUCUAACCCUGCAGCUUCUCCAGCCCCAACCCCGUCAUCUGUUAAGGCAAUAAGCCAGUCAUCAGCACUUCCAUCUCCAACAACGCCGGGGAUAAGCAUGUCCACCCCUGCCCUCCCUGGCUUCCCAGGGCAGGUGUCAUCUGUCCAUUCACCUCAGCCAUUGACUCCCACUCCUUCUGUUAUCAAAUCCCACUCGCUGCCUAGUGUUCCUAAUACAUCUGUUCAUUGUGCCACCCCCAAUCCCCUCCCUGCAACUUUCUCUGGGCUGACCUCCAUGCUUCCUGCUGCAACAGCUCCGCAAGGGGUGUCUACACCAUGUGCCAACCCUGCAUCUAACGAAAGUUUUACAUCUGCUUCCUCGCCAUUCGCCAGCCUGCCUUUUCCUGCAUCAUCUGUUGCUUCCCCUGCUAAUAAUUCCAAUUCAUUGUCAUCUGCUUUUGCUGGCAUGCCUUUGUCCCUGACGCCUACUCCUCAAGGAAUAGCCAGUCCCCUUUCUUCUGCUAUUGUUGGUUCUCCUGCCACUAGCCUAUCCUGCCCACUUAACUUACCCAACCCACUCCUAUCCGUCUUAAAGGGAUUUUUGUCAGCCAGUGAUGGCUCCAUGAUGAAUUCAACUGCUCUGCCUUCUGCUGAGCUUGCUUCUUUAUCUGGUCUUACCAGCCAGAAUUCUGAAACUGCCUCUUCAUUGAGUAACAAAUGUUACACUCCAACUAGUACCUCUGUCCUUCCCACUCCAGGACUAUCGAUUUUUUCUGGACUCCCAUCUCAACCUGGGGUAAGCAGUAGUGCAACCCCUCCAGCACAGUCCCCUUUGAACACACUGGCAUCUUCCACCAUGCCAGGCAACUGUGCCUCCUCAGGGGCUCUUUCCCAUUGCCCAAGCCCUGCUAACCAUGAACAGCAGGUCUCAGCCACCUCUGCGGCCACAGUCAUUCCAGCUCUUGUGAAAACUGAGCCCAUCAGCCCUACUCUUUCCAGUUUCAAAGGCCCAGCGCAUUCUGCUGGGCCUUCUCAUAGCACUUCAGGCUUAUCAGCUCUUGGUCAUGUGUAUGCCUCUGCUACUUCAUUGCCAGGCAGUUUACCUGGUUCCCUUAACCCAGCACUGUCUAGCCUCUCUUCUUUGAGUGGUCCUCUAAACAGCAGCCCUUCCAUUGCUCCACAUGGCUCUUCUGCUCCAAUUGCUCCAGUAUAUAAUGCACUUCCUCCUUUCACUUCCCUGACCAGCAGUUUUGCUUUUCCUGGCAAUCCAGCACUUACCCCAACGGGAUCUCUGCUGCCCCUUCCACCUACAACAACAUCAGCCAUUUCUUCACCUCAUGCCAACUCUGCAAGCACCGUUCUCCCAACGCUCAUGGCUUCAGCGGCUGCUCCAGCGCCACCAUUUCCCCUUAACUUGUGCAGCGCUGUCCCUUCCCUGUUUUCUGUUCCUCAAGUCCCUCUAGGAUCAUGCAACUCAUCCUUCCCUCCUUUCCCUGUCUCUAACACUCCCUCUGUCACUCCUGCUCUCCCUUCUUUCCCUGGGCUCCAGGCAUCUUCUACAGUAGCAGCAGUCGCACCACUGCCGGCAGCUGCCACAGCCCCAUCUCCAGCGCCAGUGCUGCCAGGGUUUGCCUCGGCCUUUAGCUCAAACUUCAACUCUGCACUUGUGGCACAGGCUGGCCUGACUUCUGGGCUCCAGGCUCCUGGUAAUACAGUAUUCCCAGGACUUCUCUCUCUUCCUGGCAUCCCCGGACUUGCCCAAAGUGCUACACAGUCUUCCUUACAAGAACUUCAGCACAGUGCAGCUGCACAGUCAGCAUUACUACAGGCACACUCUGCUUCUGCUCUGGAGAACUACACAUCACAGCCUGAUGUUUUUACUACAUAUUCUGCUGCACCAGGAACUCCCGGGACACCCUUUUCAUUGCAAACAAGUCUUCCCCAGAGUGGAUGGCAAUAAACAACAUCCAUUUUACCUGCAGGGAGCAACCUUUUCUUGAAGACUGCUGUGGUAGUUUGGCAAAUCCACUGAUGAUGCUUCCAUUGAAGGCUUUGGCAAAAUCUACUGACUUCUAUGUGUCGCAAUCGAGAGGAAGAGAAGAAGAAUUCCAAAUAACUAUUUCAGGCAGGAUACCCAAAUCCUGAAUUUUUAAAGAAAACAAACAAAAAUAUUUUUAAUCAGUACCCUUAUGAAGCAGUGAGCUUCAUUCAUUCCUUUUUAGGUAGGAGUCAAGGGUUUUGGAUCUUUAUGGGAUUUUUUAAAAUACAAGCAUUAUGUCAGGGUUUAUUUUAUUUUAUUUUAAAAAGCAAUUUUUGCUGGGUCAUCACUGUCCCAACACGUGAUUCAGGAUAUGAACUUUUCAGUAUGUACAUGGUAUAUGUUUUUUAUAAAAAGUAAUUUUAGAGCAGGGCUCCAAGACUAUUUAUUUCUUCUUUAUACAGGCUGAGAAAUCACACUGUUCAAAACAUCCCGCAUGGGCAUACAGGAUCAACUCUAGUCCUGCUCUUCCAGUAUCUUGUUUCUCACUAACUUCAUGUCAAUGUUCAUUCAGAUAUUUUUCACUGAAAUUAAUAUUUAUCCCCUUUGUUCCUAUUUACCCCUACCACCUUUCAGUAUUCAUUUAUCCUUCUAGAAUGACUGGAUUUCUACUAUAGAGACGUACUGUAUGUUUUUAAACUUUGGGCAAAUCCGAAUUGAGUGCACAUUUAGGUCAUUACAAGCUGUACCUUACAGAUCAUGGGUUUUAUUCUGUAAUUAACUUGUUUAUUUUAGUCUUAUCUUCAAAAGCAUUGGCAGUGCAUCAGUUAUGCUGCCACCAAUAUGUCAAAGCCUGCUGAUUUUAUUCAUCAAGUACGCAUUUUCUUGAAAGUGUAGAACUAACCCAAAAAUGUUUUGUAGUCAUGUAAGAAUGAAUUUAGUGGUUAAGCUUGGAAAAUGCAAUUGUAAUUAUUAGGCAGGCUUGAACACAGCUGGAGCUGCAUGUUCGGUUCAUUCCUCCCCCAGUAACAAAUUUAGGCCAGAUACCAGUAUAAUCAAGGAUAUUCAAACCAGUUUCUCAUGCUAGUUAGGAAUUAUGCAAUGCAAAAUAUGGUCUCGCUGUGUCGGUGAAAGUGCUUUAUUCUGUUUAGUAUAUUUAGUGAUGAGUAGGAAAAAACUCCCAAUAUUAUCUCUCUUUAAGAAAGUCUUGUUCUAGAUCUUCAGUACAGCGAUGAUACUUGAUUUUGUGUUUUGAAUGUGAACUCUUAUUUUUAUUGCGGUGCAUAGCUUAACAUUUCCCUGUAAAGAUGAAAGUCUGUUGAAUAGUAUUACUAAUGUUGAGGCUUUCCAAAACUGAACAGGCAUGAAGAACACUAAUGUGUAUAUAUCUGUUAUUUUUAUAAAGUUUUUAAAAUAAAUUGUGAAGCAGUGGUACACAUGUUUCUAAAUUAGACCCAAAUAAACAAUUAUUUACACAA